AUGGGUCGCAAGUUCAAGGGCAAGAAGGGCAAGGGACGCGGCGGCGGUGCUGACCGCGGCCGCCAGCCUCGCAGCGAGUCGUGGCAGUCGUACCCGGCCGUCGACAAGAAGAACGAGAGGCUUCAGCGCUACUACAACACCAUCAUCGGCCUGUCCGAGGAGGAGCAGGGUCCCUUCUGGGAUGCGCUGCGCAGAGAUCUCCCCAACAGCUUCCGUUUUUGCGGCUCCAAGGGCCACGCCUUGACCGUGAAGAAGCUCUUCCAGGAACGUUACAUGCCCGAGAUCGUCAAGAUCGAACACGCCGAUGGCCGCGCCGUCGAGCCCCCCAAGCCUCUCGAGUGGUACCCCAACGAACUUGCCUGGUGGAUGACCACCCCGAAGAACGUCAUUCGCAAAUAUGCUCCCUUUUCCUCCUUCCAGAAGUUCUUGGUCUCUGAGACGAGUGUCGGCAACACGAGCAGACAGGAGGUCGUCAGCAUGAUCCCUCCUCUUUUGAUGGACGUUCGUCCUGGCAUGACUGUCCUGGACAUGUGCGCCGCUCCCGGCAGCAAGGCCGGCCAGCUUCUUGAGAUGAUUCACCAGGGCGAGGAGGCUAGAAUCCGAAAGGUCCUGCGCGCCUACGCCAAGGAGGAUGGACUUGCCCUUGGCGACGAGACCGAGGAGGAGCGUGAGGCUGAUCUCGCAGCCGACUCUUCGGAUGACGGUCGUGCCACCGGUAUUCUGAUCGCCAACGACGCCGACUACAAGCGCGGACACCUCCUUGUUCACCAGCUCAAGCGCAUUUCAUCACCCAACCUGCUCGUCACUAACCACGACGCCACGCAGUACCCGGCAAUCAAGCUCCCUUCGGACCCCGCGACCCCGAACAAGCCCGUCUACCUCAAGUUUGAUAGAAUCUUGGCUGACGUUCCUUGCUCUGGCGACGGCACCCUGAGAAAGAACGCGAACCUCUGGAAGGAUUGGCAGCCUGGAAAUGCCCUCGGUCUCCACGUUACUCAAGUCAGAAUCCUGCUGCGUGCCCUCGCCAUGCUCAAGGUCGGAGGCCGUGUUGUCUACUCUACCUGCUCCAUGAACCCCGUCGAGAACGAAUCCGUUAUCGCUGCUGCCAUCGAUCGCUGCGGUGGCCCCGACAAGGUCGAGAUCGUUGACUGCAGCAACGAGCUGAAGGGUCUCAUCAGAGCCCCUGGUAUGCGCAAAUGGCAGAUCAUGGACAAGUCUGGCAGGCUGUGGAGCUCUCAGGCGGAAGUCGAUGAGUUCACCAAGAACAGCACUGAUGGCAUCGCCCCCGGCAGACUUGCCGAGACCAUGUUUCCUCCCUUGGAGGACAGCGUCUGCGCUAACCUUCCCCUUGAGCGUUGCAUGAGAGUCUACGGUCACCAGCAGGACACCGGCGCUUUCUUCAUCACGGUCCUGCAGAAGAAGUCGGAGCUCAAGAUUCGUCCCGAGGACCAGAAGUCCGAUACAAACGGGACCGGAGCGACCGUCACACCCGCGGCUGAGAACGGCACCGAAACCAAGACGGAGGAGAACACUGAAGAGAAGACCGAGAAGACCGACGAGAAGGUUGAAGAGAAGACUGAGGAGACGGUCGAGGCUGCGGCUGAGGACCCCGCGCAGGAUGCCACAAACGGCACGAAGCGACCGCGCGAGGACGAGGCGGCUGAAGGCGAGUCCCAAGACGCGAAGAAGCCCAAGCUUGCAUCGCAGAACAAGCCUCAGAAAUCCAACCGCAACGCCCACGGCCAGGUCGAGGAGCCCUACAAGUACCUCGACCCCAAGCACGAGGUCAUUCAACACAUCAAGGGAUUCUAUCACAUCUCUUCUCGUUUCCCGGAAGACCGCUUCAUGGUGCGCAACGCCGCCGGCGAGCCUGCCAAGGCCAUCUACUACACCUCUGCCCUGGCGCGCGACAUCCUCAAAGAGAACGAGGGUCGCGGCAUCAAGGUCAUCCACGGCGGCGUCAAGAUGUUUAUGAAGCAGGACGCCCCGUCUGCCGAGGUCUGCCGCUGGAGAAUCCAGUCCGAAGGCAUGCCCAUCCUCCAGGGCUAUGUCGGCGAGUCUCGCGUCGUCCGCCUCACAAACAAGGAGACCCUCCGCAGGCUCCUCAUCGAGAUGUUCCCCCGUAUCGCCGACGGCGAGUGGCAGUCCAUGGGCGAAAUAGGAGAGCGCAUCAGGGACAUUGGCAUGGGCUGCUGCGUGCUGCGGGUUGAGCCCGACGGCUCCGAUGCCUCCUUCAGCGAGCGUAUUGCGCUCCCGUUGUGGAAGAGCAUCCACUCCCUCAACCUCAUGCUGCCCAAGGACGACCGCACGGCGAUGCUCUUGCGUAUCUUCAACGACACCACGCCAUUGAUCAAUAACAGCCUCCAGAAGCAAAAACAGAUUGACGAGGCUGCCAAGGCCAAGGCCGCUGAGGAGGCCGCGAUCGCCGAGCAGGAGUAUGCCGAUAUUGAGGACGCACCCACCCCCGAAGAGAUGGAUUUCGAGCCCACCUCGGUGCCCGCGGCUGAAGAGGCCGCUCUCGAGACCACCAACGGAGAGAACUAG